AUGGAGCCGAACACUGCUUCUUCGCCCGAGUGGCACCGAACGGGUGGCCGCUCCGCCGCGCGGAGCGCAGCUGUGCGGCCGGUGAGUUCAACAGCGACAUUCAAUAGGGCUGCAACUUCCUUUGGCCCCUGCCACUUCGACCUUUCUGCCACCGUUUUGGCUGCCGCGGCCGCCCUGCGCACCUUCACCCGCACUGCGCGGGCACGGCGCUGUUGUGCGAGUGGAGCGGAGCUGCCGGCGGUGCGCCGGCGGGAGACGGGCGCUGCUUUAUUGGCAGCAGAGGUCGCCGCCGCGGCGGGGGAGGCCACCGCGGCGACGCCCUCCGCUGCAAGCGACACCGAAGGAGGCGGCGCCGCGUGGCGCCGCUUCCCCACGGACUUCGUGUGGGGCGUGGCGACGGCUGCGUUUCAGAUUGAGGGUGCUGUGGCGGAAGAUGGGCGGGGUCCAUCCAUUUGGGACACCUUCUCCCAUGUGAAGGGCAACAUCUACGAAGACGCCAAUGCAGACGUGGCGUGUGACCACUAUCACCGCUACGAAGAGGAUUUGCAGCUGGUGAAGCAGCUGGGGGCGAAGGCCUAUCGCUUUUCCAUCUCCUGGUCGCGGGUCUUGCCCACGGGCGUGGUCGCCGAUGGCGUCAACGAGCAGGGCCUGGCCUUCUACGAGCAAAUCUGCCGAGGCUGCCUUGCGAGAGGCGUGGAACCCGUGGCGACGCUGUACCACUGGGAUUUGCCGGAAGCGCUGGAGGCCCCGGAGCAACAACCCGCUCGAGCGGGACGACCCGCAGCUGGCCAGCUGAGCGCCGCUGAACUCGGGCGGAGGGGGGGGUGGCUGAAGCGCUCCACCGUGGGGCACUUUGGUCGCUUCGCGCAGCUUUGCUUUGAGCGCUUGGGGCGCUACGUGAAGACCUGGUGCAGCAUCAAUGAACCCUGGACUCAAUGCAUCCUGGGCUAUUGCUUUGGCUCGCAUGCGCCCGGCCGCAACGUGAAGCCGGGCGAGGAGCCAUACUUGGCAGCGCACCACAUGCUGCUGGCGCAUGCCAAAGCACAGGAGUGGGGGAGAUCUAUCGCACACUCAAGCCCAAAGAUGGCAGGUGAGGGGGAGAUGUCAGAUGUCACAGAGCAGAAUUUGGGCCGCGAAUCGAUGGCUCUGGAGGCUCCAGAGGGUGUCCAGAUCGAUCCAAAGACUCUGAUGCGGAUAUUCAUCCGAAGACUUUGGGCCUUGCUGAAACGUGUGGGUGUCCGACGAGGUGCAUCUGCCGCUCUAGCUGGAGAUGAGUUGAGCCUCCUCGAGCUGGCGAUGGUCUUGAACACCGAGUGGCCUGAAGCACAAGAGCCGGAGAAUCCGGAAGAUCAGGCAGCCGUGGAGAGGCACAAGGUCUUCAACUUGGAUUGGUUUGCAAGGCCAUUGUACGAUGGCGACUAUCCUCCACUGAUGCGUUCGCGAGUGGGUGAGCGGCUGCCACGCUUUACGGAGGCGGAGCAGAAAAGUCUGAAAGGCUCCAAUGAUUUCUUCGCGCUGAACUGCUACUCGGCACGCUAUAUCUGCGAGGAUACGGCCUGGCGCAAGUGGCAGAACACUGCUGCCACCUUGCGGAUUCUGCCCUACAUCGCAGACGUGCCCCUUCAGAAGCUCAAGGCGGCACUUGCGUCCAACAAGACCGACGAGGGCAGCACGGGCGAGGAGGUGCCUGUCGGUGGUCCAGCGCAGGCGCGCGGACUGCCGGCCACGAGUUGGAUCACAGAUGCGGGCUAUGAGACUGCCGUUCCCUUAGAUGCGGAGCUGACGGCCACGGGCUGGCCAGUGGCCCACUAUGGCCUGGCCCGGCUUCUACUGGACCUGCAGCGCCAUUAUGCGCCGCGGGGCGGCAUCGUGGUCACCGAAGCUGGGGCUGCCUUCGACGACGACCGGCGAGGAGCUGCGGGCAGGCGCCAGGCGGCGUACCUGCGGGGGCAGAGCGUGGCCUUGAGGCGUGCCAUGGCGGAGGGUGCUGAUGUGAGGGGUUACUUCUGGUGGACCUUGAUGGAUAACUUCGAAUGGAGCUUCGGCUACUCCAAACACUUCGGCCUCUAUGCCCUGGACGUCGACCUGACGCGCUGGCCGCGCGCGGAGGGCGCCGAGGCCUUUGGGCGCCUGGCGGCGCGCCAGGCGCUGGCGCCGGAGGUGACACUGGAGGAGUUUACUCGAUGCCUCGAUCGGCCGGAUGGGAAAAAAGCGCGGGUGGUGGGGGUUGAAAGGGGUUUACGGGUGGGAGAAAGGAACACGGUGGCGGUUUGGCAUAUCUAUAGUAGCUAUACAUUCAAACAUGCAUAUUUUUGA